UGCCAAUCGCCAUUAUUCGUUCGUUUGUGAAUUUAACAAAUACAAAACUACACAGUUAUUGAUUACUCUCGUGUGAUAAACAAUGGCGAUAGUAGAAGACGAAAUUCAGAACGGUUCUGAAGGGGAAAAUGAAAUUGAAGUUGUGGUUGAAGAAGAUGAUGGCGACCAGGAUCCAGAUUCUGAUGAUGAAAUAUUGGAGAUGGGAGAUUGGCAGAGGAAAGUGGCCGAAUAUGAACACAAAAUCACAUUACAUCCUUUUAAUUAUGAUGAUCACAUUGAAUUGAUCCAGACUUUGUGGCGUCUAUCGGAACUGGGGCAAUGGCGAACGGCGUUUGAAAGAUUAUGGGAGAUGUCAGUUAUAAAAGUUGAUCAUUGGCUCUUGUGGCUCCGAACAGAAGAGAAUAUUUCACAGUCUGAAGAACUAAUUGCCAAUUUAUUCUAUAAGGCAACCUGUGAUUGCUACUCUAUGUCUAUACUGUCAAGAUGGAGUUCGUGGGCCCUUUCAUUAGAUGAAAUACCUAAAAUUCGAGCGCAACUUGACGAAGUUUUGCGUCGUGGAGGCUCCGAUCCGUAUUCAGGAAAAGUGUUGUGGGAUCUAAAAAUUGACUUUGAAAAAUCACAAUUAAAUGAGACAUGCAAAGAAGAUUCGGGUUAUAAAGAACAAGAAGACCGUGUGUUGAGGUGUUUAGAGGUAGUGGCAUCGCUUCCUAUAAGCAGAAAUCAGGAGGCAUGGGAUCUAUUUGAAGAUUUUGCUAAAGAUAUCCGUGAACAGGAGUACAUAGAGAAGGUGGAACAGCAACAUAAGGCAGCUGUGGAUUACUUAAAGAAAAUUAUGCCAUAUGAAAUCAGAACAAAGACCACUCAAUGUUAUAUGGCCAAUUACAAGGUAUACCUUGAGUAUAUUGAUCUUGUGAAGCAGUUGUCUGUAGAAGAGAAGUAUGCUGAAUGUGAUAGCGACGGUCUGCUCAGGCUCCUGUACGACCGGGCGACGUACGAAUGUCUGCUCAAUCCGGCCGUGUUCGAGUUGCUGGUCGAGUUCGCGAAGCACACCCAGGUGACGUCAUCACGCGCGACGUACUGGCGCGUCCUCGAGCUGUGCACGCGGCGCUGUCCGCAGAAGCACACCUUUUGGACCCUCAAGAUGCAGCAGGCUGAACACGAGGAGAAAGACUUCGACGAGGUGAAGUCGAUCUUCGAGACUGCCUUAUCGAAAGGUCUGGAAUCUUACAAGGAGGCUGAAAUGCUAUGGCUGAACUAUCUCGAGUACGUGCGCCGCAACACGAAGUUCAGUGACGACGAUCAGAUUGAGCGGUUGAGGCGCACAUUCAGGCUGGCCUGGGACUCGCUUGCUGAGGCAUGGGGCGAUGAAGCGAAUGAUUGUGAGAUACCAUUGUAUUGGGCGAGAAUUGAAUACAAAUUCUUGAAUUCACCAAAACGAGGGAAAGAGAUCUUUGAAGAAUUAUUCAAAUAUGGCUUCAAUAAAACCAUGUCCAAGUAUUGGGAAGCUUUGAUACAAUUAGAAAGUAGCCGGUCUCCUCCGCUGUCCGAGUUCAAGUUCCGGGAUCUGCUGAGACGCGCGUUGAGGUCGGUCACCGACUACCCCCCGGCCAUAGCGCGCCUCUGGACUGAUUACGAACGAGACUACGGGAAGCUGGACACCAGUAAGGAGUGUCAAGAAACUUGUGAGUUAAAAAUACGGGAGUGGAGGAAGAAUUAUCAAGCUUUGAAGGAAAAUAUGACAAACAAAAACGAUACUGAUAAAACAAAUGAGAAUAAGAAAGGAAAAUCAGCCAACAAAAACAAAAAACUCGAAAACAAACAGAAAGGUAAAAGGAAAUUGAAUGGCGGUAGUGAUGAAGCUAGUGACGUAAAGAGAAAAAGAGACGGAGAUCAAGAAUUGCCCGUGAAAGAAAAGGACGGAGGUAGUUCUGGAGUCAAGCGGGCACAUACUGAAGAAGAGACUGAAUUAACUGAGAAUAAAAAACAGCGCGUAGAGGCGGCCGGUACAGCGCAGUCUGCGAGCACAGAGGCCUGCACAUUGUUCGUCAGUAAUCUAGACUUUAAAGUCGAUGAAGAUAAAUUACGACAGGAAUUAUCGAAGUACGGUGACAUCGUCGAAAUGCGGCUCAGAUCAGGAGUGAAAUCGUUUGGCGGCUCUAUUUGCUACUGUCAAUACAAGACCGCGGACUCAGUGGAGGAGGCUCUGAAGCACGAUCGAACUCCUUUAGACGGCAGACCGAUGUUCUUGUCUCGAUACUCGGCCGAUAAAUCUAAGGCGACCUUCAAAUACGCUACCACGAUGGAGAAGAACAAGUUGUUCGUGACGGGCCUGCCUUACUCGCGCUGCAAUAAGGAGUGUUUGACCGAAAUAUUUGAGAAGUACGGCAAACUGAAAGACAUCCGGGUGGUCACUUUCAAGGACGGGAAACCAAAAGGCUUGGCGUACGUCGACUAUGAAGACGAAGAUUCCGCGGCCAGAGCCAUAGCGGCGACGAACGGCACGACGGUGGGGGACAGGAAAAUAGAGGUCGCGAUCAGCCAGCCCCCGCCCCGCGCCGCCCGCCCGCCCCCCGCCAGCCGCCCGCCCGCCGCCGGCAUGCGGCGGACGCAGCUAAGCUUCCUUCCUCGAGUUUUGCAGCAAGCCUCAACGAGCAAGGAGUCUUCGACAAACAGCCACGCCAACGGCACCGAGAAGCGACCUCUCUCUAAUAGUGACUUUAAAAAAAUGAUUGCGUCAUCUUCUUCUUCUCACGACAAUUGAAUCAUAACAUCACAUUAUUUUUAGGAUUCAUUUAAGUAAUAAAAACAUUCUCAAUAAUAUCUUAAUCUUAAUUAAAUUCUAUCCUCGGUUUCAGCUUUAGUAUACAUUAAAAUUGGAUUCAAAAGUUUAAAAUGAAUCUAUUUCACGGUCCGUCUGAUGUUUUAAAGUUACGUAACCGCACGUGAAUCGCUAAUUACAGUGAAUGCGAUUUGUUUUUUGUAGAUAUUUUGCUUGCGGCUCACGUAUACAUGAGAAUUAAAAGAGGGACAGACUAAAUCGAAUGUUAUCUUUGAUAAUGUGUGAUUAGAAGUUUGAAUGAUCGAUAAAGGUGAUUUACAUUUGCGUUUUCUGAUUAAGUGAAUGUACAUACAUAUAUAUCUAUGAAAAAUAUUAUAAAUCGUCGCAUGCAUUCUACAACGUCUCUCUGUGCUUCAUUGUAAAAUGUUCGAUUUACGAUAUUACGUCAAUGUAAUUAAAAAUACAUAGACGUAAUAUCGAAGUUUGUCCCUAAAUCGGCUUAUAAAUUUAAAAAAAAAAGACUGUUGUGUUAUUUUUGUUAAAACGAUAUUAUCGUUGAUUUGUGAAUUGCAGGUCAAAUGCAGUAGGCGAAAGUAGAAAACUAUUUAAAUUAAAACGUUUACUCAACUGAAGAUGUGAUUGUCGUUGUCUCAUCUCAGUGAAAUCUAUUAAUGUAAGUUAGUGUUAAUAUGUGAGUGUAUUCGAAGAAAGUGAAUAAAGUACUUGUUUUAUUA